UCAAAAUAAAAAUAUUUGAUUUGAUAUUAUCUAAGCGUAACCUUAAAUGUGACUAUUUUCUGCAAAAAUAUAUUAAAUAAUACAGUGAAUUAAAUCAUUGGAACCAGUAUGACUGUAUUUAUAUCAAAAAUAGUGUCAAGGUCUUUGCGUCAAGUGUCUAAAACAAUUGUACCAUGUAUAUCAGAUUGUUUACCGGCAAGAACUUAUUCAUUUCAGAAAAAAAAUGUUUUAUUUCGCAAUGGACAGCCCUUUUUUAGGAAAUACUCAAAUGAUAAUAUUAUACCAACGACAAUGGCGAUGGACAACACAUGCUUACCAUUAAAAAAGAAAACAGUUCACAAAAAACUCGAACUCGAUGAUUUAACUAAGAAAGAGGGCCAUUUCUUAACUUUAGCUUAUGCCACAGCAUAUUCGUAUGAUCUUAAGGCCUUAAGGGAGGGUUUGUUGCAGCAGAAGCUCUACGAGCCGGGAACGUUAAAAGCUCAAGAAAUAGGUGAUGUAGUGGUAGCUAAUGCAGUUUAUGCAAUUGGUGAUGAACCACGUGAGAUCAUAUUUUUCCGAGAAGGAGCAGUCGUUUUUUGGAAUUGCACAGAAUUGGAAGCGAAUAAUGUACUGGAGUUUGUGAAACCUUAUGAAGAAGAAAGCUAUCCAACUGAUGUGGUUAAGAAGGAAAGAGAGGUGAUGUCAUAUCAAUACCAGCCUACAGCAAAGAGAUGUUAUCUUCAAGAAUCAUGUUUCGUUUUGGUGCCAAAUAAUGACAAUUCGCUGGAGAGAUAUUCUUUCAGCCACGCUAUGGCGCAGUCGGCGCGGCUGGGCGCGUGGGAGGCGCGGCUGGCGGCGCUGGCGGCCGACGUGCGCGCGCACGCCGCCGUCAUGCAGCGCGACGGCGCCGCACACGUCGAGAAAAAGGAGGUGGUGCGCAAGCUGGGUGAGCUGUUCUCCCUCCGGCAUCGACUGAAUGUUGAGUCCGAUCUUCUCGACACACCCGACUUCUACUGGGAGGAGGAGAGACUGGAGCGACUGUACUCCAACACGGUGGCAUACUUCACCAUACCGAGGCGCACCAGGGUGCUGAACGAGCGCCUGUCGCACUGCGUGGAGCUGCUGGAGCUGCUGUCGUCGUGGGCGGCGGACCGACACCACGUGCGCCUCGAGUGGAUGGUCAUCGCUCUCAUCCUGGCGGAGGUCUGCUUCGAGCUGCUGCACUGCUGCGAGCGAUACUUGUUCGACUCGCAUCAGCGGUAGUCUUGAACACCCAUCCAAGUUUUAAAACGGAUCUAACUUAUUAGAGUAUGUUAAUUCUUGUAUAUGUAUAUCAGUGGCUAUGUGUGAUCAAAUUGCCAGCCAUUCUCACCAAACUGUUAAUUUGGUUUUAUGAUAUAUUAUAUGAACCGAGAUCUUUUGACUGUUAGAAAUGGAUCGUUACGAUUGUAAAUUCGAUAUUAAAUAAGCUCGUUUUUAAAAAUGUAACUGCUUUUGUAAAGCUAUAUUAUUAUAACUAGUAUAGCUUUUAGUGGUAACUUGUCACUUUUU